AUGCUGGCGGUGGAAGAGCUAUUUCAGCGGUUGGCCCAAGGAUCUACCUGGGAUCAUGUGACGUGGAUGAUCAGUUCGUUGUUCGCUUUCUCGUUUCUUCAUCAUGUUUUUGUCUCCAGGUUCACCUUCAAGUCAUCUCUGUAAGUUUUUUGGUAUUGUUAUUCUUCCUUCAUAUCAAGUUAGACGAGAAUGUGAUUUCCAGGUCGAAAGUGGUCCUCUUUUUAUUCGAAGUGUUCUUCAUUUGUCUUUGUCCAGCCUUGGUUCACACUUUUUGGUCCAAUCACAUUCCCCAAGCCACUUGUGGAGCAGUUGUUGCCGGGCUGUUGUUGUUGUUAAUCCCGCCCAAAUGUGAUCCUGGCAGCGUGAAGACGCCUUCUCAGGAUAUCAAGUAGGUUUUUAAUUUCAUUAUUAUUUUGUUGUUUUGCUGUAGACAUGAAUUGUUUUAAUAUUCCACUUCUUCCUCAACUAAAGCAUGCUAUUUUCAGGAAUGUGGUGCUCAUGACGACUUGUAUGGUGAUCACUGCAGUGGAUUGUCGUCUGAUCUUCGACGUUCGCUUCACCAAGACCGUCCAAUAUGGUUGGUCGGCAAUGGAUGUGGGCACUGGGCUAUUUGUCGCCCUCCGUGCUCUUCAUGAUGCCCGUCCCUUCAAACCUCAGCACUUCAGCAAAAAGUUGAUUGGAAAUACCCCAAACUUCUUGAUCUUUGGUGCUCUCGGAGUUGGAAGGAGCUUGUUUAUCGCGAUUUCCGGGUAUUAUCAGGACAUUAUGGAGUAUGGGAAACACUGGAACUUCUUCCUCACUUUGUUGUGCAUUGAGGUUGGCAUUUUCUUGUCCGAAGAAAUUUGAUUUUGAUUUUUUGCUGAAUCAUGAAGCUUAUUUUAGGCGGUGAUAUACUUCGACAAGCAGUAUUUUAUUCCGUGGACCAAACGCUUGACGAGGUUUGAGAUCCCUAACGUUUCCUUCUUCAUCGGCACCGCUUAUGUCGUGUUUCUCAUUGUUGAUCCAUCAUUUGAAACGUAUUUAUUGGGUAGAGAACCGGAAAGAUCUGGUGGUAUCUUUGAUCAGAACAGAGAGGGUUUCUGUUCUAUUUUUGGGUAUCUUUUCAUCUACGGAGUUCUUCUGGAACAUAACAAAAGAGUGGUGUAAGUUACCCUUUUUACAAUUUUUGGUUGAUGGUAAUUUUGAAAGAAGAUUUUGUUGCGCUUUAUGGGGUUUUGUUUUUAGACCAUCUGAUUUGUGGAGAUACGAAUCUGUGGCCUAUAGCACUACUACGGUGUUCAAGAAUCUACUCAAGAAUUCCAUUCAUCCGCUCGCCUAUCUCCUUCUUCUCUAUAUCGCCGUCUACCACUAUGAUCUCCAGCCAUCAAGAAGAGCCGCCAAUUUGACUUAUGGCCUCUGGAUGGUAAGUGCAACAUAAUUUUAACCUUUUUUGUUUUUAAUUUUCUAGAUGUCGAUUGCUUUCCAAGGAGGCGCACUCAGUCUGUUUUAUCAUCAGUUAACCGCCAGACCGGAGUAAGUAAUUAUUUACUAUGUUAUACUUGACAUUUUUAAUAGUUUUUCGGAUAUUAUUUUUGAUGUUUACAGUAUCAUCUCAACGCGACCUCAGCCCUUGCUUGUUCACACGGCUAUUGCACACAAUGGAGCGGCUGUUUUCUUGGUCGCAAACCUCCUGACCGGUCUAUCCAAUUAUCUUCGAGAUCCGCUUGAACUUUACACAGAAGCAAAGGAGUUUGGAUGUCUGUGCGUUUACUCCGUUCUCCUGUGUCUCUUCGCGUACCUGUUGGAAUACGGUAAAAAGCACAAGACUGUCGAACACAAAAAGGUGUUGUUUGUUUUCAGUUCUUGCAAUGAUUUCUUGUGUAUUAUCAGUUUUGGUGGCAUUGAGAUGUAAAUAGUUGAGUGAAAUGCGGUUUUAGGGUUUGCAAGUUUUACAAUGAUUUAUUUCAGCACGGCAAACUGGUAUCAUCUAACUUUGAAGAGAUCCUGGGAUAUGAUCACAAAGGACUGCUGUAUGACGAUGAAGAAGUAAGUUGUUACAGAUGUUUUUUCAUUGUCUUUAGGAACCCUCUACCAAAUCCUCAAGUCCCAAAACUCCAUUCCGGCGGAGCUCAGUUCCAUCUUCCGAAGCUAGGAAGCGCAUGACCCACAGGGAUUUGAGUGUGUUGAGAACCACCUUGAAAGAAACCUUUACUGCUCCGGCAAACUCAAGUAGAAGUGAAAGAGACCAGCAGAAAAGGUGAGCAUACGGUAUACAACGAUGUUGGAAGUAUAAAGCGGUAAACUGAAUUUUUACAGCGGAGAAUCCACUCCAACUGGCCGCCCCACCGAGUCCUUGGAAGCUGAAGAAAAGGGCUUUUCGUUCAAAGGAGUAGAUGACAAUGAUUUUUAUACCCCUAGACCUGUUACCAGAUCCAUGAGCAAAAGCCCGAGCAGAUCUCUGGAGAUCAGUCCACCAAAAUCCAACGCUCCGGUCAAGAAAACCCCAGCCGUGCCUUCCAAAAUCCCUGCACCAGCCAUUCGAAGAUCUUCCAGAACCCCCAAACCCAAGACCAAAAUGGAUUAA